GUACGAGCUGAACUGCUGUUUGCAUCAAGGUUAAUACACAUUUUGCUUCAAUUCAAGAGAUAAAUUCAGUAAUGAAAACGAAUAUUAUAUUUGGCAUAACAUGUGCUUUGAUAUUUGGAAGUGGAUUUGCAGAAGAUAUACAGAUUGGAAUCCGAAAGAUGAACCCCAGUUCGUUAGAGAUAACCUGCUUUGGUUAUGCUCAAACAGUAGCGAUGGUAAAGAUUUUCAGAGGUCAGAUAAGUUUUACAAGUGUGAUAAAAAUAAUCAUUUAUAACGGCAAAUGCGACGUAUUGAUCGUAACGUCUGAUUUAGAAAUACAAUGCAUAUGCAUGUCUGAACAAAGCGUUGUCUGCAAUGUGUCUGGCUCAAGUUUCAACUCUGAAGACAAGUGGAAAUGUGCAGCCAUCAACUAUCAAGACUCCAAUCCUAAAUACAGUAGAAUAAUAAGCAUGUCUAGCUUAAAUGGAAAUAACACAGAUGGACAAGUGUCAACAAUGCUAUCUUUUUUGACCAAGUUGCAAAAGUCUACAAUCUCGACAGAUGCCAAAUUAGUGUUUAAUACAACAUAUGCCCAUGAUGAAACAGACAGUAGUGAUUCAACUGAAGGAAAAGACGUUUCUAAACCAACUAUUUACGCAAACACAACAGUAAUUUUCAUCAAUAAGGCCGCAAACUCCGACCUAACCACUGUCUUUAGUGAAGUAGGCACAUUUGUGACUGCUGGUUUGUUACCAAAUACAUUUAGUGAACCUUUCAUCAUCUUAUUAGCUACCUGUGGAUGUUUGAUUACAUUACUUGUUGCUGGUUUAAUUUGCUCUCUCUUGAAACGUAUCCGUAACAUAGGACCAGACCUUCCGCCGUCGAUUGAGAAUAAUUACCUUACUCCAUUUGGAGAAAACCCGCGAACUUCCCAAUACGUGUUUGGAAGAGAGGCAAGUGAUCAGCAUGACAACGUUGCACUACGACAGAUUGACAAUAUCGAUUCCAGAGUACAAGGGGUUAUCCCUGCCCGCAUUGUGCUUGUCGACAAAGAAAGCCGAAAUGAGGACGAAAUAGAUAGUGCGAACAAUUACGAUUCCAUUUCUGACACGACUCCUGAGCCUGAGAUGCCUUAUGCCGAGAUACCGACACAGGGUGGACCACCCCUUCCGCCGGUAAUUGAGAAUAAUUACCUUAUUCCACUUGGAGAAAACCCACGAACUUCCCAAUACGUGUUGGGAAGAGAGGCAAGCGAUCAGCGUGACAACGUUGCACUACGACAAAUAGACAAUAUCGCUUUUAGCUUACACAGGGUUAUCCCUGCCCGCAUUGUGCUUGUCGACAAAGAAAGCCGAACUGAGAACGAAAUAGAUGGUGCGAACAAUUACGAUUCCAUUUCUGACACGACUCCUGAGCCUGAGAUGCCUUACGCCGAGAUACCGACACAGGGUGAUGGAGAAGAAGAAAUAGAAUAUCAAGGUGAGAUGCAGACGCACUAUGAAAGUUUACCUCGAUCAAGUAGUGAUGCUUUUGCGCAGGGAAGAACAUGGCCAUAGCCCUAUGAAACAAGUUGUUGUAUUUUAUGGUAACAUGUUAGAUGGCUAAAUUCAACACUAUCAUAACUAACAAUAAAAACAACCUUUAGGUAAAUGAGUAGUAUUUCAGUAUAUACUUUUUGUCACAUCAGAUAAUUGUCUUGACAUGUAAUAAAACAUUUUAUGAUGA